AUGCCGAUAGAGAGGACACUAGCCGAUGACAACCCGGACGAAGAAGAGCUCCAGAAUAUGAUCUCGAGGGAGGAGCUCGAUCACUCUGGCCCUCAUGCCCCCUUGCUUGCCCCGACCGACCACUCACCCGGCUACGAGCACGAGACCGGUGACCUGGACCUUGUUCCCGAGCCGAAGUACUCCGGAGGAUGGUUCAUAUGGAACCUCACCUUUUCUGCCGGCAUCAGUGGUCUUCUUUUCGGAUACGACACUGGUGUCAUUUCCUCGACCCUUGUGACGAUUGGCUCUGAUCUUUCGAAUCGACCAUUGACAACCCUUGACGAGAGCCUUAUUACGUCAUGUACUAGCUUGUUUGCCUUGGUCGCAAGCCCUUUUGUCGGGAUCCUGGCAGACAGAUAUGGUCGUCGACGAAUGAUCCUCGUGGCUGACGUUUUGUUUGCGUUGGGCGCCUUGGUUCAGGCCUUUUCUAAUGAGGUAUGGAGUAUGAUUGCAGGCCGCAGUAUUGUCGGCCUAGCUGUAGGGAGCGCGAGCGCCGUUACACCUUUAUAUAUCUCAGAGGUAGCACCGUCCUAUGUUCGGGGACGGCUGGUUACAACAAUGUGUCUCUUGAUUACUGGUGGCCAGGUCGUUGCCUAUGUCAUUGGAUGGCUUUUUUCCGAAAUGAUAGGAGGCUGGCGCUGGAUCGUGGGCCUCGGGACGGGUCCUGCAUUUCUGCAAUUUUUCGCCAUAGUCAUUCUACCAGAGACGCCUCGAUGGCUGGUGCAGGCCGGGCUCGAUGCCCAAGCAACCGCUGUACUUGAACGCAUUUACCAAGACUGCCCAGGCUCAGAUCAUGUCAUCCGACAGGUCUUGCGUGAUAUCAGAGGAGAGAUUACCCAAGAGGCACUGGAAUUGGGCCAACAAAAACCCCCAGAAACCAAAGUUCAGUGGCUACACGAUGCGUCACAGCGUGUCCGAGAUCUAUUCUUUAUUGGGGGUAACCGGAGGGCCUUGACGAUCGCCAUGGUCCUUCAAGGGCUUCAACAGCUAUGUGGAUUCAACAGCCUAAUGUACUUCUCCGGGAUUAUCUUCAAGGCGCUCUCAUUUUCUUCUCCAACGUUGACCUCCCUCACUGUGGCAGUGACUAAUUUUCUUUUCACGUUAUUUGCAUUCGCAUUGAUUGAUAGGAUCGGGCGACGACGCAUCUUACUUUACUCGAUACCCGUCAUGAUACUCGCCCUGGGCUUCUGCGCCCUUUCAUUCUCGUCGAUGGAUGUUUCCUGGGACCCUCAAUCUCCAUCACGGAACCAAGAGGGACUUGGAAGCAAAGGUACAGUUUAUCCUUUGGUGAUUUUACUCUGCUUGAUCGUCUACACCGCAAGCUACGCCUUGGGGCUUGGCAAUGUUCCCUGGCAGCAGUCUGAACUUUUCCCUCUAAAUGUACGCUCUUUGGGAUCCGGCCUGGCGACUGCCAUGAACUGGGGGUCGAAUUUUAUUGUCGGCCUGACCUUCCUGCCGAUGAUGAAGUGGAUGUCUCCGACUUGGACUUUUGUUGUCUAUGCACUUGUUUGCGUGGUCGGUUGGGUAAUUGUAUGGUCGAUUUAUCCUGAAAUGAGUGGACUCGGCCUUGAAGACGUCAAAGGGCUAUUGGCCAACGGUUGGGGCGUAAAGCAAAGUCUACGGCGACGACGCAAUAACCAGCAACAAUAG